GGCUUCUCUUGCAGAUCACUUCAGUUUUCACCUCUCAGGGGAAAGACAUGGUGACUGAACAGUGGCUUCCAGGGACAGGCAGACGGGGACAGCUGCUCCGGAGAGGUUAGCAGGAGCAGCCUGGGAGGGUCCAUCUCGGAUAGAGGCGGAUGAUGCCAGAGCUAUGACAGGGAUUGCAGUCUUGGCACUGAGGGGUGAUCAAUUAUGGAACAACUACAGGAGGAAAUACCUGAGGUCAAGGAAGAGGAAGAGGAAGAGGCAGUCAUGGUGGCAAGUGGAGCCUCAGACCCAAGUGGAGGACCAGACAGCUCCCUGCCUUCAAGCAGCUACACCGACAUCUCGCAGAGCUCUUCUCCCUCCCUGUCGGACCAACUGCAGAUGGGCUGUGAGGAGGCAGCUCUGGGGGCACUGAACGUGGAGUGCAGGGUCUGCGGAGACAAAGCCUCGGGGUUUCACUACGGCGUGCAUGCCUGCGAGGGCUGCAAGGGUUUCUUCCGCCGGACGAUCCGCAUGAAGCUGGAGUACGAGAGGUGUGAACGGAGCUGCAAGAUCCAGAAGAAGAACCGGAACAAGUGCCAGUACUGCCGCUUCCAGAAAUGCCUCUCCCUGGGAAUGUCCCACAACGCAAUCCGCUUCGGCCGCAUGCCGGAGGCAGAGAAGAGGAAGCUGGUGGCAGGGCUGACAGCCAGUGAGAUCAGCUGCCAGAACCCCCAGGUGGCUGACCUCAAAGCUUUCUCCAAACACAUCUACAACGCCUACCUGAAAAACUUCAACAUGACCAAAAAGAAGGCGAGAGGGAUCUUGACCGGGAAGGCCAGCAGCACCCCACAGCCUUUUGUCAUCCACGACAUGGACACCUUGUGGCAGGCAGAAAAGGGGCUGGUGUGGAAGCAGCUGGUGAAUGGCAUCCCCCCCUACAAGGAGAUUGGGGUGCACGUCUUCUACCGCUGCCAGUGCACCACGGUGGAGACUGUGCGGGAGCUCACCGAGUUUGCCAAGAGCAUCCCCAGCUUCAUCGGCCUCUACUUGAACGACCAAGUGACUCUGCUGAAGUAUGGGGUGCACGAGGCCAUCUUUGCCAUGCUGGCCUCCAUCAUGAACAAGGAUGGGCUCUUGGUGGCCAACGGGAACGGCUUCGUGACCCGCGAGUUCCUGCGCAGCCUGCGCAAGCCCUUCAGUGAGAUCAUGGAGCCCAAGUUUGAGUUUGCUGUGAAGUUCAAUGCUCUGGAGCUGGAUGACAGUGACCUCUCUCUGUUUGUGGCUGCCAUUAUCCUGUGUGGAGACCGUCCUGGCCUGAUGAACGAGAAACAGGUGGAAGAGAUCCAAGACAACAUCCUGAGAGCACUGGAGUUCCACCUGCAGUCCAACCACCCGGAUGCCCAAUACCUCUUCCCCAAGCUGCUGCAGAAGAUGGCUGACCUGAGGCAGCUGGUGACAGAGCACGCCCAGCUGGUGCAGAAGAUCAAGAAGACAGAGACAGAGACAUCUCUGCACCCGCUUCUGCAGGAGAUCUACAAGGACAUGUACUAAGGACCUGUUAUUUAUGAGAACAAAGCCAUGGAUUCCCACCAAGACUCUUUGUACAGAAACAAAGAAAACCUUUCCCCCACGUCUUCCAUUUCUUCUACUGGAAACUCUUGUUUUUCCUACGUGACCCUGACGUACGGUACAUCAGGUGAGAUGCCAGGAGGGAUCACAGCCACCACCUCCUGGGCCAGGGCUUCCAUUAACACACACUAACAACUUUUACCAAGGCAAAACCAGAACUUUCUGUUUCCGUUACUAUGCUCUUCAGCUGCUCCCCAGGGGCCUCUGGAGUAGCUGACCCCGUUUACAUGGCACGGGAGGAGGGGAUCCUGCAGAAGUUUGGGAUGCCACACUCCUGAGGAGACCCAGUGGGGCCAGCAGCAGCACUUGCAGUGUGUCUUUCUUCUCUUUUGGUUUUUUUUUUAUUUUAUAUUGCACUCCGAAGAGACAUUGUCCUGAGCUGCCAAGCCCAGGGUGGUGAAACAAAAGGAUGUUUCUCUCUUUCCCAAAGAAAAGCUAAGGUGGUUGAAGAUGGGGAGGGCUGUCCCAGCAGAGACUCCUCUGCUGCAGCCCCUCCACCCCUCUUUGCUGUGCAGCUUUUAUUCCUGUCUCCCAGAGGGCUCGUGGGAUCUCUGUCCUGCUCCUCAGCACCUCAGUGUGAGAGAGGGAGGGAUGGGGAGGUAGCAGGGGAAAGGCUUUGUCUCAU